AUGGGAGCCGAUGACUUCGUUUUCACUCAUUAUAAUCUCUCCCCUCGCAAUGUUCUUGUAUCAGGUUCACCUCCUCAAAUUACUGGCAUUGUUGACUUUGAGUUCGCUGGUUUCUUUCCCGCUCUUGAUGAGUUCUUAAACGACUAUAUUGAGAACAGCAACGAUUGGUCGGAGGAUGUAUACGAAGUCUACCUGAAGCGGCUUGAGGAGAAUAGUGUGCCUACUCCGCUGAAAGGCAUUGCCAAAGACGGCUGGGAGCAGGUUUAUCUGCUCCAGCAAGUGGUGCAGAAUAUUGCGCCUUGGUAUCUACCUGGAAAAUAUACAGGCGAGGGACUUGAACAGGAACUUGCGAAGUCAAGGGUGCUGGUUGAGGAAAUACUGGAAAAGCUGAGCCAGCGAGCAUGA